UCCCCGCACGCUCCGGCGCGCGCCGCCCGCCCGCCUCGGCCUGUGGGCGCCUUCCCCCGGCCCAGGCUCCGCGGCCCGGGAAGAUGCAGACGUUUCUGAAGGGGAAGAGAGUGGGCUACUGGCUGAGCGAGAAGAAGAUGAAGAAGCUCAACUUCCAGGCCUUCGCCGAGCUGUGCAGGAAGCGCGGGAUCGAAGUCGUGCAGCUGAACCUCAGCCGGCCGAUCGAGGAGCAGGGUCCCCUGGACGUCAUCAUCCACAAGCUGACCGAUGUCAUCCUGGAAGCUGACCAGAAUGACAGCCAGUCCCUGGAGCUGGUGCACAGGUUCCAGGAAUACAUCGAGGCCCACCCCGAGACCAUCAUCCUGGACCCCCUCCCCGCCAUCCGGACCCUGCUCGACCGCUCCAAGUCCUACGAGCUCAUCCGGAAGAUUGAGGCCUACAUGCAAGAUGGCAGGAUCUGCUCACCGCCCUUCAUGGAGCUCACCAGCCUGUGCGGGGACGACACCAUGCGGCUGCUGGAGCAAAACGGCCUGGCCUUCCCCUUCAUUUGCAAAACCAGAGUGGCUCACGGCACCAACUCUCACGAGAUGGCCAUCGUGUUCAACCAGGAGGGCUUGAGUGCCAUCCAGCCGCCCUGCGUGAUCCAGAACUUCAUCAACCACAACGCCGUGCUGUACAAGGUGUUCGUGGUCGGCGAGUCCUACACCGUGGUCGAGAGGCCGUCGCUCAAGAACUUCUCCGCAGGCACAUCGGACCGUGAGUCCAUCUUCUUCAACAGCCACAACGUGUCCAAGCCGGAGUCGUCAUCCGUCCUGACCGAGCUGGACGAGAUCGAGGGCGUGUUUGAGCGGCCGAAUGACGAGGUCAUCCGGGCGCUGUCCCGGGCCCUGCGGCAGGCGCUGGGCGUGUCACUCUUCGGGAUCGACAUCAUCAUCAACAACCAGACGGGGCAGCACGCCGUCAUCGACAUCAACGCCUUCCCAGGCUACGAGGGUGUGAAUGAGUUCUUCACCGACCUCCUGAACCACAUCACCAGCGUGCUGCAGGGCCAGAGCUCGGCCGCCGCCGCCGCCAGUGCUGCCGCCGUGGGCGACGUGGCCCCACUGAGGCACAGCAGCCUGGCGGCCGAGCGGACGUGCAGCGCCAGCCCGGGCUGCUGCAGCCUGCUGGGCCAGGACGCGGCCUGGAAGGCGGAGGCCGACACGGGCGGCACGGGCAGCACCGCCAAGCUGCCGCACCAGAGACUUGGCUGCACCGCCGGCGUGUCGCCCAGCUUCCAGCAGCACUGCGUGGCCUCCCUGGCCACCAAGGCCUCCUCCCAGUAGCCACGGAGCGCGGGACCCAGAGGGGCGGCCGGCAGCUCCCGCCGGGGGACGCUACUACUCAGAAUUCCCAAUGAUCUGAUUCUUGUCUUUUUUAAUCUGUAACUUGAUCUUCUGAUGUCAUGAUCUGGUGACUGGGAGGACGAGAGCAGCAGCCCCGCCUCGCGGGAAAGGGCCAGCUGCUGAGUGCUGCUGUGUUUACACACGCUGUGUUUUCAACACUAGGGCUGAACGUGAGUGGGUGUGCGCACGUGCGUGUGUGGCUGCCAUGCAGGUGGGGACCAGGCGUCUGGGGCCCUGGGGGCAGGCUGGGCCGGGGCAGGCUGCUGGUGGCUGAACAGAGCCAGCCCACGCCACGAACGGUUUCUCCUGUCGCUUCUCUCCAAGCCUGCCCAUGCCGGACCCUUCCUUGGCUUCCCUCCUUCUAGGAGCGUGGCCCCACCCCCACCGCACAUGCAGCCGACCCCUCUCCUGAAAGCCAGAGGCGGCUCAGGCCCCUCCAGGGAGUGCACCGUGCUGGGGGCCUCCAGGGAGGCCCAGGCCCAUGGCUGGCUGGCCCCUCAGCCAUGCCUGGGGACCUCUUUCCUCCAACCUGGUGCUGCUGCUGCUCCCUGGAGCCCAGGAGGGAGGCUGCGUGGGUGGGAGCCCAGCUGGUGCCUCCUGUGCUGAGGCUGUGGCCCGUAACCCCCCUGGGGAAGCCGUCUGCCUCACGUGACCAGUUGGGACCAGCAAACUCCGAAAGGCUGGCCUAACGGCCGGCCCCCAUGACUAUGUCCAGUCAGCCAGACGGAGUUGGACACAGGAGCUUCCCAGGGCAGGCCUCGGCCACCUGGCAGUGUCCCUUGCACGCCCCAAGCGCUAAGCCAGCCAGGUGUGUGAGGGAACCACCCCAUCGCUGGGACAGUGACAGGUGGGCCGCAGCCCCUCCACUGAGAAGGGGCAGGUGGGAGUGUCCUCCAUCCCUGGAAGGUGUGGGACACUGGGUGAGCUGCCUGGGACCCCCAAGUGUGGUGUUGUGUCCCGAGACUUCAGCGCACUUGGAAGGAAACAGCUGUGCUAUUGUCCAGUGAGAUAGGAUGCUGGAGAGUCCCCGGCAAUCCCGAAGCGGCUGGGGCCCACAGGUGCCUCCCGGGAGGGCCUGGGCCUCGGUGACAGGCAGAAGCCACGGGACCCUCCCAGCAUCCUUGGGGCGAGGCUGGCGGCCGCCCAUGUUGACAUGAGCCGAAUGUCAACCCCCGAUGAACGUGUGUGCGUCACCUUUCCCAGGUCUGACCCCGGGUCCCAGGACGUGGGAAAGCGUGGCUGGCCUCUUGCACUGCUUUGUCUUCAAAAUAAACUACUGAAAUCAAACCACA